AUGGCGGACGAACAAAGCCAUGUGCUAUCAGUAAAUCGGGAAAUUGUGGAUCAAAGAAGACAACCACUUACAUGGCGAACACGAAUUUGUUUUGGAGUGGGACAUGUGCUCAAUGAUUUGUGUGCCUCAAUGUGGUUCACCUAUCUCCUGAUAUAUCUUCACAAGGUGAUAAAAUUUUCAAACGCGAGCGCUGGAACACUAUUGUUGAUCGGACAAGUAGCAGACGCUUUGUGCACUCCUCUCGUCGGAAUCGAAUCAGACAAAACAGGCCGUUUCAAGUACGGACGACGAAAGAUCUGGAAUUUGGUAGGAGUUGCUUCAGUUACCCUCAGUUUCCCGUUUGUGUUUAACCCCUGUUUAGGCUGCGAGAACUCUGAACAUUGGGCGCAAUUUAUUUACUACACACCGUUCAUAGUAAUUUUUCAAUUUGGCUGGGCGGCAUCGCAGAUAUCACAUUUGAGCCUGAUUCCAGAACUCACAGACGAUGAGCAUGAGAAGUGUGGUUUGAAUGCAAUAAGGUAGGAAAAAACACUCGGUUGUAAUUAAUAACACAGGUUUAUAAAUGCGGUUUCAAACAGAAAAUUUCGAAAAUACCUUGAUCACCAUCAAUAACAAUUGAUCAUCUCUUGCAUACAUUAUCGAGUGAUCUUCAAUACAAGCACACGUUUUACACGUGAAAAUGGUCGGGCCACCUGCAAGACCUCUCAUCACCGUCUGUUCAGCGUGCGUGUAGGAUUAGGAUAACUUGUAAAAGUUUUGUCCCGGCACGCCGCCUAGGUUUCGUCUUACAGUACAGCCGCCUAUCACAACACGGAAAAAAUUAUGGAAACCCUGAAUUUUAUUUUUUUCUUCUUCUUUUAGUUUCCUGUUUCUUUCACUGAUCAUGGGUUCAGUCGCGCGACGAAAUGUAUAAGCCAUAACAAGCAACUUGAUUUUAUCAACUGAGUUGAUGAUAUGUUAAUGGCCACAGGAAAGAAUUCCUAAGCAAACGUUUCGAGCGUUAGCCCUUCGUCAGAGCGUCCUUCGCCCUGACGAAGGCGUCAUCCUUCGCUCUGACGAAGGACUGACGCUCGAAACGUCGGCUUAGAAACUCUUUCCGAUGGCCGAUUCAGUUGAUAAAACCAAUUAUAUUAUAACAAUUCCCACUAACGCAGGACCACAGUUUCUAAAGGCAUUUUCCCCGUUUUAGCAAUUAUCAAAGAAUGGUAACGUGCGUCUAAUUCCUGUUUCUGAACGCGUAGGGAUUUGCAAGAAAACUAUUUAUUUACCGACUCUCUGACGACUCAGCAUAAAGUAACCUGCGAUAACACGUUUUUGUUUCCUAAUGGGGACUAGUAAGUAGAAAAAGAGAACGCCAUACUACCAAGACAUAGAGAAUUAAAUUUGGGACAGGGCGUGCUCGCAGGCCACUUGACUCUCGACUUCGCUUUCAAACGGUAUUCUACAAACAAAAAAACUGCUUUUCUGCAAAGGCUUUUGGAUUUCGAAAAGAGUUCCAGUGUGUUGUUCACUCACCCGUUAGUUUACUUUUGUGGCAGUCAUUCGGCCAAAUGCGCAAACAAACACGCUCCUAGAUAAACAUUUGUCACUUUCUGAUUAUCCAGUGACACACGAAUGAUUCUUUCAUUAGCAUACAGAAAAUAACCAAUAAACCUGUCGUUUCCGAUAAUCAGUGACAUCAGUGACAUCAGAUCAUCCGAAGGCUACAGGUUCUUCUAAUGAGCCAUUGGAAAAUAUGCGAUGAGAGUGAAGGGGAUGUUGUGAAAGAAUGUGGAGGCUUAAGCCGGUCAAGUUGUAAACCAAAUGGCUGUCUUUUAAAGCAACUCUUUUUUCGCAGUGCUCAAGGAAAGAUAGUUAUACGAUUAUUUCUUCUACAGAUAUGCAGCCACCAGCUCAUGCAACAUAUUUGUCUUUGUUAUCACCUGGCUUUUCUUGGAGACAAGUGACGUCAACAGCGAUUCAAACCAGCUGGGGACAGGAGAUGCAACUGCUUUCACGGUAAAUUAUCCUGGAAAACUUUCGAAGCGGUCUUCUUCAAUUUAUGCUUAGGGGCCUGUAAGACAAAGGGGUUGUGAAAGCAUUUAUGAACCCUUUCGAUUCGUGUGUUUUUUCUUUGUCUUCAGUCUUUUCCCGGAACAGUUUUGUGAUGUCCGUAGCAAACUCUUGCUUUGAUGUUUUCUUGACAAUGAGACGUCUGAACGCUGUUUGUGCCCGUCCCCCCCCCCCCAAUAAUAUUUCUUCGGGUGUCCCUGACAACCUUGUGGUACUCAUUUACACCUUUGAGGGGAAAAAAGUUCUGCCUGGCCCAAGAACUUAUCACAAACGAUACCAUUCACGCUUCCAGCCCGAGGCUCGCGGUGCUGACCAUUAGACCAUUGUGCGGUUUCCAAAACUUAAAAAAAUGCCAUCAAUUCCUCAGCUGUCCCACACAUUCUAUUUGGGUCAGCAAUCCCUCAAAUUCAGGCUUAGCGUUGUUCGUACUUCUAAGUUAAUCUGGCAUCGAUCUAUAUCUUGUAACUAAUCUGCAAAUCGUCGCCGUUGCCGCCAUUUUUAAGUAUGCAUUUGUAAAACUUGUACCUAGAUAGAGUCCAUUUACUUUUGAAGUUUAAAAAAGGUGUUGACAUGCUUUUCACUCAGGCGUUCGUUAAGUAUUUUUCUAAUAUGUUUUAUGCCUUUUUCAGUACGUGGUGUUCAUAGUUGUCGGCACAGGAGUUUUCUUCACGGUUGUCUUUCAUCUCGGAGUGAAAGAACCUUCACGUGACUGUAGCGUUGAAUUCGCAACCCAGUCCAGCAAACGGUCGGCUGCUAACUGGAGAGCUUGGUUUCGAGAGCCUUUGUUUUAUAAGGUGAGGUAACCUGUGCUAAAAGUUGGUUAGAAGAGACGAACGAAACAGCGGGCGCGCAGCAAAAAGUAGCGCGGGGGGCAGGCGGUCGUUUCCCACACAACCGCAACCGCCAUGUGUUACUGAGAAGGCUGGCCCACUCUUUCCGCUCGUCUCCAUUGACGGAGAGCCAGGAAGUUACAGGUGAGAGUGACAAUUCAUUAGGGCAUACUGAUGCCAUAGCCUCACUGAUUUAUUGACUUUUUACUUGCACCUAUCACUCUUUGAACUUAGGGAAAUUGGCUCUCAAUGCACGACAGAAAAAUAAUGGAGCUUUCUUAAUUGUUCAUACAGAAAGCAGUCGAUUGCUUUUUCAUUCUGUGUAGUUCUCAUUGCUCUGCAAAAUCUCAGCUCUAGUGCAAAAACUCGUUUUGUUUUGACUUAAGAAGUUUACAUGCCUCGUUAUAUCUCGCACUUUUAGCGUCUCUCCCGCCUUAUUCUCAGUCUUAGUUCCCGCACCGCGUUCCAACACAAUGCUUGUGACCAAGGAAAGUAUUUGUUUUUAGGUUGGAGUGUUGUACAUGUGUGUCCGAGUUAUCAUCAAUGUCACACAGUGCUAUAUCCCGAUGUACACCUUAGAGACACUCGAUUUAUCCAAGGUGGGUUCGAGUCUUUUUGGUCAUCAUAAACAGCUAGGCUCAUAUGGGUGACCAUUGAAACAGCCCUUAAUGGUUAACUUUCUGUUGCUGGCACCUCUCUGUUUGGGUCAGCGAGCGAGAAUUUUCCGCUAGAUCGCUUAGUGAGUCACUGAGAUUUUCAGCGAAGCCGAACGUCUAACUCUAACAAAUAGAGAUAUCAUUCCUCAACAUCCAAAAGAACGGCUGCAAAUGAGGUUAACCUUUUCCAGGUCUUUUUGUUUAGUAAAGCCAGAGUGGCGAAAGUAAAACGUGCGAAACUUGUAAGUUUGAGGUCGUCUCCUUACUUACAGGAGACCUGGAAACAGAACGUUUCAUCCAACUCGUUCAGUCAUGUUGUAAACGAAUUCAGCUCAGACUUCCAUUUGCAUUCAUUUUUCCACCAGCGAACUAUUGCUAUCAUGCCGUUGGUUGUGUACCUGAGUGGACUGGUAUCUACACUUUUUACCAAACCGUUGAACAAGUGCCUCGGUAGAAAGGUCAGUGUAUGUUUGAAAUUUGUCAGAUCUUGGGGAGCUAUUCAUUUCGGUCCCCGGACGGAAUAAGAAAAGCUGCAUGGUUCGACAUCGUGGUGAUGUAAGUGGAUAGCGAGACACCACUCCCUGUUUUGUAGCUAAGAGUAUGUCAGUUGUUCUCUCUCACGUGUAUCCAAUGCCAAAUGGAUUUUAAAUGAUUAUGCUGACACCUGUCAUAUUUGGCAAGAAGAACUCAUGCGUAUGUCGGAAGUCUUUCGCACAGGAGCGGGAAAAGUGACUGGCCAUACUCGAAGGAUCACGAAACAGUUCUAUUAAUUUUCAGAACGAGCCCAUUCUAUUUACAGACCGAACGUUUCCACGAGCUAGACCUGAUAAAUGAAAAUCAGGCUGAAAAUAACACUGGAAUCGACUGACAAACAUUCUUAUUCAUUAGGUAGAUAUCACUUGUUGUAAUUUUCUUACAUAAAGGUAUUUAUUACUAGCUAUUGGUAUUUUUUUUACUUUUCCAUAUAGACAGUUUUCCUUGGCGGCCUUUUCAUGAUACUUGGAACAAGGUACGUUAAGUCGUAAAAUAGGGUGUGAGUUAUUCAUCGUGGUAAAUGACACUUCAAAAGAGGAAUAUGGCUUCUCUUUAGCUUGUUGGCACGAACAAACCUCCCGAAAGUAUAUAAAGAGCUGGUGAUCGAUAAAAGGCAGUUGUUCACUGUAAAAGUCCUACAGCUUAUUGUUUGAUUAUCUAAUCGUUGGUUUUUUCUACAAUGUAAUGUGGACCUGGGUUACCCUUCCACAAACAACGCAAAAACGAGGGAUGUAAUUACAGCAGCGCUUUCUUGAUACUCUUGAUACGUUUGGAUAUCUAAACGUCACCUAACAGUAAACUACCUACGGCUGUUCUACGCACCUAACAAAGGAUACGAUUGAUUGUCUAAGGGUACAGCGGCGUAUUGAAACGCGCGUGUGAUAAAAGCGUGUGCGAGGGUUGUUAACUUAUUUUGUGAAGUAGCUGUUAAUUCUCGUCGUUGGUAAAGUAAUGAGUCCAGUUUAUUUCCUUUGCUUACAACUUAAAGCUGUUUCUCAAUUUUGUCUUUUCAGUGUUUGGCUUUGGCUUAUUCCUCCACACAGCAAACAGAUUUACUUUGCUAGUGUAGCGCUAGGAUAUGGAGGUUCGACACUGCUGGUGACUGUCUUAACAAUGUUGGCCGAUCUGAUUGGAAACAGCGUUGUAAGAACCAAUGAUUUAAAGUUUAGUGUUAAUAAAGAUGCUUUCCAUUGUUGGAAAUUUGAGGAGUAGCGGUAAUUAUGGAAAUUUGUAACCUUUUUCAAGGAAUAUCCUGGACUCGACCUCCGCCCUAAGCUGAGCGUAUGUUUCCGCUUUUUAGAGAGCUUAAAUACGGCUGGAGACUUUGACUGUUUAGGAAGCAGCUUCCGUCGAGGAAUUAAUGAGAAUUUAUUUUCUAUUGCUUCCACGUUAUUGUCCGGCAUCAUACGUUACAAUUCCAAAGUGUAAUCUCUUACCGUGAUGAUGCUAUUUGUUGCUUUUAUCUUCUUCCGUUAACCUCUCCGUCGUUUCUCGGAUCACCAAUGCGAAAUUAUAACGAUUCCUUUUUUUGUGUGUGUUUUGCAGGAAACUGGAGCUUUUGUAUAUGGAGCGAUGAGCUUUUUAGACAAGAUGUCUAAUGGCGUCAUUAUACAGAUCAUUCAAUUGCUUUAUCCCAAAAAUACUGAUAAAGGGUAAGUUGCUCUCUGGACGGCAAAGCUUGCUCCGGAAAUCAAAUAUUUCUUUUCACCGCCAAUAAAAGUGCACAUGAAGUUAUGACACCGACUGUGUUUUUAUAUUCUAAAAAGAGGCUAAUCUUUUGGGAUAUGUCCUCAGAUAUCCAAAACAUUGGCUUAGAAAGCUGUUAGGUUAUGACUUGCUGAUCAACCAGGCCGCCCACCAGUUUCGUAACAAAAUUUCACUCCUUUUUUUCCAUCCCACGCCGAUUUGUUUUAACCGUUAAGAGCGACACAAAAAGGCAUUCGUGACUGAGAUUAGUGAUUAUUUAUUUUUCUUUUUUUGCAAUAAUUAUAGCAGCAACCGUCUAAAAUUUGUGCGUUAUGUUUUAAUUCAUAUUGCUCAUUAACUCGCAGGUCCAGUGCUGGCGGUCUGUAUUACAGAGAGGUCAUGGUAGUCGCUUCGGGAGUGGCAGCGGUUAUCGCUCUUUUGGUUCUCGCCACGCCGGCAAAAAAGAAGUUAGGUAAAGCUAACCAAGGUAUGAAAAGGAUGAAACCUUUUCCACCGUUUUGGGAUAGUCUGCCCACGACUGUUUGAAGCGCAACGGAUGUGACCGUGUUUGUCAAAUCCCUCGAGAAUUUUAUUUCGCUCGCGCUCUAGAAAAAGAUCAAGGGAAAAUAUACCAACUCAAUUUUCUGCGGACAGGUUAAUUUCGGAAUUGUAUCCCAAGAAAAGUAAACUGUUGUAGAUUUUGGCACGCUUAAUAUACAAAUUUUACAAGAUCGUUUGCGAAAGAAAAUGAUAAAAGCACGCGUUACGUAAGUAAGUGCUAGAAUGAAUCUGUCUCAGUGUACGACUAAGGAAUCGUUUUCGUGAUUCAUGUUUUGAUAUUCGCAAUUGUUUAGCUGUUAUAGGAAUACGUGACCGUUAUUCAUCAUGGUUAUUCAGAUCACGAUUUAUUGUCACGAUCAAUUGUUGAUCGCGGGAUGAGUAGUCAGUAGAUCUUCUGAAAUAACAAGGAGGAAUACUCCCCGGAUAUUUCUUUUUUAGCGACAUGACAGACGCUUUAGUUGUGAUGUGUUGGGCUCGGUCGUACACGAGACAUACCACUACUACGCUAGACUGACUGGUAUUGGUAUGAAUCAUAUAAAGCUAGGUGCUUACUACAAAAUCCCAUUUGCACUGAAGACCACGAAGACGUAAAUGCCAAUUGCAACAGCUGAGAGAGAACCUGCGCGGAAUUUGGAAAGACAGUAGCACUUCUACUAUUUAUUAACGACGAUUAAAAUGUUCUUUGCCUUUUGAAACUGUUGUAUCCUAAAAAAAAGAUAAGGUUUCACCUGCUGUCGAGCCUUGGAACCGUGCUCCUUAAUUGGUUUAAGUUUACAAUUGACCCGUUUCUCCGUGCAUAGCAACUUUUAACAUCAGACGAUUUCAGGGCUACAGCUGUAAUGCUCAUCCUUACUCUGUCUUUUCUCUAUGAGGCCUAGAGGUUGAUUCUAUUCAGAAUACUUGUUUCAUCUCUUCGACAGCUGAGUCGUCGAUAUGGAGUAUGAGUCGAAAGAGGCCUUAUCGUUCUCGAUAGUGAUUUUUGACAGCUGUUUUAUUUUCUCGCUAACAUGCGUAAUUUUCUUUUGUAUCCUAGAACCACAUGGAGCCACAUCCGAUACAUGGUUACAGUCUAGUUCGUGGUCUUUAGUCUGCUCAUCAAAGGAUCCAUUUUUUGCUUCAUAUGAAUCUCCAGCUCAAUUGGUUCUAAGGAGAGAGGCAACUAAGGAUGCCUCAGAGUCUCUAGCUUUUUAUGGUUCUAUGGAGCUAUGAUGUAAUACCAGAAGAUCAAGCUUAAGGAAAUUUCCGUCUACACAGAGUUAAAAUGUUACAGUUUUCAACUCUAUUAACCCUUUGUCUCAUAAGAGUGACCAGCAUCUAACUUCUCCCUACAAUAUAUCGCCCCUGAAUCGCACACGAGGGUCACAAGAAUAAAGGAAAUGAUCACCAACUCAGGAAGGUCUUGAUCGUUAAACAAAUUCUCCUUGUGAACACCUUGGGAAAUGUAUAGAAAACACUAUGGAGAACAUGUAUACUAGUGUUUCGGUGUAAAGGGUUAAAGCUUGCUCUUUUAAUCGAAGUUCUGCUUAUUUUCCUUUUUCCCGCACUGUGCUAUGUAAAAGGAACCUACUCAUGCUAUACUUCUGAGAACAAUUCCUUCUAGUUACAUUCGUUAGUAGAGGAACUAAUAUACCUUUCCUCGAUUUCCUUGUCCCUCCAAAUACAGUUCAUGGAGUUUCCAUUGUAACCGGCGAGCAAGCUCUUGUUUUCAUUGCUUCAGUAGCAUCUCGCAAGUUUCUCGCGAAACUCGCGAGGAAAGUGAGGUCAACUUAACCCUCACGAAUUUCGCGAGAAGCCCGCGAGAUUCUCGUGCGUUAGGGCCAAUAAGAGCCUGCUGGCAUCAUAGCUGUUAGUAUGUCACGCAACUCUCUUGCAGAAAGAGGCCUUUUAGUAAGACAGCCCAAAGAACGGCUGCGAGGGAGACUAGAUAGCGUGGCAUGCUCAUGAUACGCUAGAUGGUCCAGUAGCGCAUAAACCUUACUACCAUGCGGGACUGUAUCAUGCGUUCUAACAACUAAAAUGCAAGGAACAAUAAGCCAGUAAUGUUCGACCAGUUCAUGUCUUCUGUCUAAUUCCCUUUCUAAAAGGUUCGUUAAAAGUUCUAUACAAUACAGACAUCAUUAUUAAGCAAUCUUUUAGUGACGUUGAUUUCCCAACAGCAACAGGGGACAUAGUGUUCUCCGGAAGCCCCAGUGGCCAGCGCUGUCGCCGGCUUCUUGCUUCUGAAGCGCUUGCCGCUUUUAAAAAGAGAUAAAACAGUUUAAUACCUGUCUUAAUUGAAAAAAAAUGCUAUCUUUGCUGGCUCCUGCUUUUGAUGGCUGGCUUCAAAAAAACACUGAAAUCUCGGGAGAACACUGAACAAGGUGGCAUGAUCGUCCUCAAAGUAGGGUUUCAAAAUUUAACUUAUGUCAGGCGAGUAAGUGACGUCAAUUGAAAAAUGGGUUGAUUUCUGUGCGUGGUGUGAUGAGAGAUUCUUAUUGUUGUUUGCCAAACUUGCAUUACCAUCAAAGGGAAAAGGAUUUAUCAGUAGCCUCGUGAUUAUCGCAUGAUUGAUAUUUUAAUCAUUUUGAGAGUGGAAAACAGGAAAGAACAAUAAUUUGUCUGUGAUCUAAUGCACUACGUGGAUUACAUGACUUAACGUAAUUGUACUUUACAAAAUAAGAUAACCACAGGCAGCCAGGUUUUUUCUCUUCAUUAGCUGUAUUUCGUAUUUCCUAAAAUGCAAAUCGACACAUAAAUAGCUAAGAAGAGUCUGGUCAACUGUUGUACUGGUCAAUUUUUUGCAAAACUCGAUUAUAUGGUUGAGAACGCGCACCUCUAUCCACAAAAACUCUUCCCACCCCCCAGCGGGGUAGAGAUUUUUUGUUUAUCAUAUGACAAAGCACGUGACUUUCUUAUGAUGUCUAUAAAUAUUAUCAGCCGGUAGAGUAGAGUAGUAAGAAAAUCAGUGUUAGGUAUCGAACUUAACUUAGCGUGGCUGGCUUAACUUAUGAUCUUAAAUCAAGAUUGUGUGUUUUAAUUGAGUCAGCAGAGAGAUAAGUUAUCCUUAACCGACGACAAAAUUUUCGUGACGGGAAGUCGAUUUCUAAAGGAUCGCAAGUACAAGUAAUCUUCAUCGUGUAGUCGUUCCUCAUCAACUGAAAAAAGACUUUAGCAUGGCCCAAUGUAUCGAAGGAAAGAUGAAAAUGACCUGGAGAACUAGAAUUUGCUACGGAGUCGGUCAUAUUCUUAAUGACCUUUGCGCUUCAAUGUGGUUUACAUAUCUUCUGCUUUACCUUCAUAAGGUUGCUCAAUUUUCAAAUUUGGCUUCGGGAACUUUGCUGUUGAUCGGUCAAGUCGCUGAUGCUCUUUCAACGCCGUUUGUUGGUGUGGAAUCCGAUAAAACCAGAGAUUGUAAAUACGGUCGCAGAAAAGUCUGGCAUCUCGUUGGAGUUGUGUGCGUUGCUUUUUCUUUUCCAUUCAUUUUCAAUCUCUGCAUUGGUUGUGAAGACGCAUCAACUUGGGCCUUGUUCGUGUACUAUGUUCCCUUUAUUGUGAUUUUCCAGUUCGGCUGGGCAUCAACGCAAAUUUCUCAUUUAAGCUUGAUUCCAGAACUGACGGAUUGCGAAAACGAGAAAGUUACCUUAAAUGCCAUCAGGUAAGUUCAAGUUUACGUAACGUUGCCCGUGGAUGCGUGAGAAAACAUCCAUAAUUAUACUUAAACUAAUGCACAGCGUACUUCUAAAUGGUACUUUUAAAUGCAAAGCAGCCUUUUCUGUUUUUGCCUCUUUUCUUUUUUAUUUUUUACUAUCUCAACUCUCAGUUACUUUUGUAUCGUGGAACGUGACGUGAUUUCACAACAUAGAGGUCUACUUGUAACAACAGUAGUAAGGCCGCCUAUUUUAUAACAGCCACUAGUCGACCAGGAAAUCACCAGGUACAUUAUAGGCUAGAAGUAGGAUACAAGUAUACACACACACUCACACAGUGUUCUGGCAAAAGUUGUUUUGCCUUAAGUCUAACAGUAAGUCAGCAUCAACUGGAACCAAGAAAUUUAGAAGGAGACAUGGUUUGAUGCUACUCUGGUUUACAGAUUAAUGAAUGUAACAGAAGAAGUUAUAAUUCAUAGACCCAACGUUUCAACACUCCUGUCUAGUGCCUUCAUCAGGGGUGAUCUAAAUGCUGCAACAAGAGGUCCUUUUAAAGGAUCACUAAUUAGCUGCCUUUUUCCUGACGAGGUGUAAAUAGGUGUCAGGAAACAAGCCACCAUUGUCACAAUUUAAAGGAAUGUGGGCGGAGUUAAUAUGCCAUGUCUGAUUGUCCACCUGGUUGCCGUGUGAACUUUAAUAUAUUUUAAGUUUAGAAGAAAUUUUUACCCUCAUUGGUAUGGAUGAAAUUUCAAGAAAAGUACCUGUCCUUUCAAUAGAUUAGGAAGUGAUUAUAAAGCAUAACUACUGAGGUCUGUGGAAGGAAGCACAUAUAUAGACUUAUGCAGAGAAUGUGCGUGGAAAAAUAGUUUGGCCUCUAGCCGUACUUGUAGUUUGAGUCAAACACAACUAUGCAGGUACAGCAUUGAUCUAAAGAAGGGAGCACAUGCAUGCUAACACAGAAAUUUCUAAGCGCAUCUUUGGAUUUAGUCUCAAAAAGAUGAAUAAGUAUAAGAAAUGGUGUGGAAGUGGGGAAUGCCACUGGAGGCAUGAAUCAAGGGCCCUGAUCUGAUCUGAUUGUUAAUUCUUGCCUGUUUCCUUUCAUUUCCUUGUAAAUUAGUUAUGAGAACUUGGUUCUAGAUCAAGAUAGCAGCUUCUACCUGAUAAGUUUGAAUAGUCUGAUUACCUGUUUGUUGAAGAAUGUAUGGAUAUUGUAGGGAGAAGUUUUACGUUAAUCACUUCUGGGAGUUAAAGGGUUAAAGGUUAACUCUACUCAUGGAGGCCUCUACAAUCUAAACAUAAAAAAUUUUUAUUAAUCAAAACAUACUAGAUGUGAGAAUUUUAAGUGAAUUUAAAUUCAGGAUGAUGCUGCUUGAUAAAUACCAGAUUAAAUCCAUCUUGGAAAUGUGACAUGUGAAUUAGAAUGUGCUUUUUCUAAGACACAAAUGUUUGUCUCAUCUGUUUUAUUUUUUUUCUGUUGCAUAUCAAAUUUCAAUAUUAAGGGAACUGAUUUAUCUAGAAUUCAUGUAGAAUAUUACCAUAGAUUUUUCAUUCCAGUUAAUAUAUUAAGCUUAUGCAAAUAUAUGAACACAGAAUUUUGUAACAGUUUAUGCAAGUUCUAUGAUUAGUGUUAGCCUUAGUUAUCUUUUGAAAACUGAACACUCUUUUUUUUAUCACUGACAAUUGAUUUAAUAAUCAAUGUCCCAGCCAGAGUUUGAAUUUUAUAUUUUUUCAAGUAAAGAUAGGAUUUCAUUACCUUUUCAGAUGUUACAUGUAAAGGAUCAGCAAUUUAACUAGUUGGUUCAAACCUUCUUGUUUUUUUCUUCUUCCCCAGAUAUGCUUGUACAGUUUCAUCAAACAUUUUUGUCUUUUUGGUGACAUGGGUUCUUAUAAGUACAGAAGGAAAUGGCACAGACAAACUUUCUCCUUCUGACUCAACAGCUUUUAUGGUCAGUGAAUAAUUUUUGUAAUUCUUAAGUCUUUGCAGCCAACAAUAAGUUUUGGUGUAUUGUGGUAGUGUUUAGUGAAUAAAUAUCCACCAAAGUGUAAACAUACUGAAAUAUGGUCAGAAAUGAAACUCUUCCCAUGAUCUUUUCUCUUCUGCCUCUUGAAGGUGAGCAAUACUUGCUAAUCACUUCUGAAUUAGCCAAUCAAAGAAAAGCACCUUUCAUCUGUGUGGUACAUACUAUACCCAGAUAUCCCAGCCCUAGAUCUCAUAGAUGAGAUUAACAUUACAAAUAACUUCUCUUUGCAAUUGACGUAUAUCAUGCAGCAAACAACAUAUGAAAACAGAAGCACUGAUUGGCUGCUCAUUGGUGAUAUUUUCCCUUUAUAACAUAAUUCUAAACUAAUCUCACCAUUAUUUAACUAACCAGUUUUGAUAACAGAAAAAGAGUUACCAGCUAGCAAGGAUGAGAAUCAUUAAUUGAUUAGGUGUUGACAGUUGAGAAACAGCUGAUUCUCAAUUCUUAUUUGUGUGUCAAGGAUCAAGAAUUGAUUGUUCAAGAUUAAGAAUGCAUUUUUUUUUUAGUCAUCAAUGAAAGAGUUGGGUACCUUAAGUUAGUGAUGAAUUUAAUCUUUUGAUUGUAUAGGACUCGUAAGUCUUCAAUUUAUGACAUAUUCUGUUCCAGUAUGUUGCAUUUAUUGUGGUUGGCACUGGUCUCCUGUUCAUGUUGAUAUUUCAUAUCGGACUGAAAGAGCCUCCAAGAAGUUGUACAUAUGUGUUUGCAAAUGAAAGAAGUAAAAGAAGUGCUGGAAACUGGAUGCAUUGGUUUAAAGAAAUCCAGUUCUAUCAGGUUUGUUUGAAAAUUAGGAAAAAAAACUCUUUUAGUUCACAACAGAUAUACAAUUGGACAAAAAAGGGGCACUUGACUCAGUACUAACAAUUAACUAUUACUUAUGAUAAUUAUUUCCUCUUAUAACAGCAGGCACACAAUUUACUAUUUUUAUUUACUAUUAUCAUUUAAUAUUUAUCUUUUUUAUUAUUAUUGCUGCAGCAGCUUUUAUCUGAUGGUAAGAUCUUUCAAAUGGACAGAGAGCUGCAAAACAUAUAAUAUUGUUGUUUGCAGCCUGAGAAUUUUUUUCACGCAGUUAAUUUUCAUUUUGCCUUGAUGAAUGUGCAAUAUCUAAUCAUGGAAUUGGAGAAUAACUUGAGUUUGUUUGAAUACUAGUCAUGAGGAUGAUGAUGUAACUUAUUUUCAUUGAUUUGGCAGGUGGCUGCUCUCUAUAUGUGCACUCGACUGAUUGUUAACAUCACCCAAGUUUAUAUCCCCAUGUACGCUCUUGAAACACUGUCGUUAAGAAAGGUGGGGUGAACAUUCACUGUUUUAAAAUACAGUACUGUAAUAGAUCCUCAAGACUUAUAAGUACCCUUUAAAUAAUUUAAGCACCCCUCUUAUGGGGCAGUAUUUGAAUGAGCACUCUUCCUGCUGUUGUACACAUGCAUGCUGGUGAUAAUAUAAAAAAAUUAAAGCAGCAUUUGUAUCUUGGCACUAUCUACAAAGGAUUAAAGCACAGGGCAUGCAGAUUGAAGUGUUUAAGGUAGUAGAAGAUGUCCUUUUUCAUCAGUUACAUCAGGGGUGUGAUAUUUGUGCAAAUAAGUGCUGAGCCACUUAUUUAAUUUUUUUCACCUCAUGUGGGAUAAGAUGUACGUCACCCUGAAGUAAGCAUCCAGUGUCUAUAAGUAACAUUUAUGGGGGGAGAGGGGGGGGGGGUUGAGUAAGAGCCUUGGUGUAUGUGAGUACCCCCAGAGGUCUUUUAAUGCUCUGUAAACUUUGAUGUUCAAAGUCUUUCCUUUAACACUGCAUUGAUUCUGUCUUUGUAACUUGGCUCACUUUUUUUAAAACAAUCUACACCUUAAGAUAACUUUUCUUUCUGUUUCAGGACACCAUUGCUAUAAUUCCUUUAGUCAUUUAUGUAUGUGGAUUCUUGUCCACAUUCCUUUCAAAACCAUUGAACAAGUGCUAUGGUAGAAAGGUAGGGGUAUUUUUUGUGAUAUUUAGUUGAUUUAUCACUGAUUACCACUGACUGUGAUGCUCUGACCUGGUUGAUUUUAGACUAAUAACACCCUCAUAUGUAAACAAGUGUUUCUGCGUACUUUGUAUUGUUGGGUGAUGAUGAUAAACAGAUAUGCCUGUUCAAAUGAUUACACACAGUUGAUUCUAGAGAUCUAUUUAUUAACUGAUCUCAUUGGUUGAUUUUAUGUCAAUCUAAGUUGCAUUCAUUAGCCUAUGCAAGGUGAUUUAACAAUCUACAUUGUUCUCAUCAACUCUUUUGAGUAAAGGGGUUGAGGGUUUUGUCUUUCAGUGAGUCUCUAGGAUUUUGCUUUCCUAUGUUUAGAUUUUUUUGGAGUACAUUCCAAGGGUGUUUCCUCUGGGAUAAUCUAUAUCUAAAUUAUUUCAAAAGAAUGCUUUGUAAGUCUUUUUACAAAAUUUGUCUUCUAGGGUACAUUUUUCCUUGGACUCCUUAUGAUAGGAGGUGUGAGGCAAGUUGUUGAACCAAAUUUUUUCUUUGUGAGAUCAGUAUUUAUGUGUUUCAAUGUUUAAACAAAUUACAGUACAUGAAAUUGUUGUUUUUGUUUACAUUUUCCAAAGGCUAACUUAUAAAAUAUGUGUUAAGAUUCUUAAGGAUGGAGAUUUAUUACAAUAAAGCAGCAAAACACUGGAUGAAACAGCAAAUAAGAUAUCAAAGGGGAAAAAAAGUAAAGCAAUAAUGUAGUCUGAAUUAUUGAGUUAUUGGUGAGAUUUUUCCAGUGUGUAUAAGAAUGAGGGCUUGAUGAGCAGAUGUGACGCAAUAUUCUUGAAAGUUGUUUGGUUCUUGCAUGUAUAUGUUUUGGAGAAUUGAUCUGUUUUGUUGGUUGUUUUCGUUUUUCCCCAGUGCAUGGAUGCGUUGGAUAGGAGAGAAAGACUACAUAUCAGCAUAUGGAGCCUCUGCUUUAUUAGGAGUUGGUGGAUCAACUUUACUUGUCACUGCUUUGACUAUGCUUGCAGAUCUGAUUGGGGAGAAUGUGGUAAAUGUUGUCUUGUUUGGCCUGAUUAAGAUUUUGGUGUUGCAUUUUUUCCCUAUUUAUCUGAUAUGAUAAAUUGUUUGUGUUUAUUCCAGGAAACAGGUGCAUUUGUGUAUGGAGCAAUGAGUUUCACAGACAAACUAUCCAAUGGACUUGCAGUACAACUCAUACAGAUAUUUCAUCCAUGUAACAAAGUGGGAGAGUAAGUAUUAUUAACUAAUGGAUUAUAGUAUUUUCAUUGACCAACUUUGUAUACAUCAUAUUUUGUGAAUUCACAACUGACUGGUACCUGAGAAUUCUCACAUGAAACUUGCAAUGCUUUGAUUUAUCAAAACAAUGUCAAUUGUGCUGCACAGUGAUAUUGUUUUGAGGAAGCAUUAUUGAUCUAGCUUGUCAUCUUGGUCAGAUGGCAUCAGACACAAACUAACUAGUAAAAGGCUUGUGUUAGUCACAUGUACUUCUUACAGUUGUUCUUGUAAUAACUGUUUUGCAAGAAGACAUAUGCCCAAAUAGUCAAAUGUUGAAGUACUGUAUAUUUGAUUAACAGAGGAAUAGUGUGCUGAUGCAACUCAGUAGACUUUGCCAAGAGAAGUAUCUCUUAAAUCCAUAGUCAAGGUGAAAAUGUGCCAUUUUUUCUAUUACUCGCUUAAUGCUUUGGACAUAAGUGACAUUUGUGAUCCCUGCAGUAUGCAGGCCGCUUGUCACAUCUAAACCUGGCAUACACAACCCAUGUAUUCUACAAAUGUAGUUCACUAGUGAGUGAGUCCUCUACAUCUCUGGCAAAGCAAUGAAGUGUGAAAUCCAAAUUCUGUGGUUGGAUUCCUCAUGGGGUACUCAGAUUGGUUUCUUUGUUCCACGCUCAUGACAAAACGGAUGACAUCCUUCUAUGUAGGACUGAAGACUAACGUGAGGGGUUUUAUUUCUUUGGAAGAUCUUACCUUAAAAUAGCAGUAGUCUUUAAAGGUAUAUGGACUAUUCACACGCCUAAUUUCAUGACACCAAGCAUCUUUUUUUCGAGUCUCUAGCUGUAAUGAGCUUUCAAUGUCAACUCCAUCAAGAUGGUAAUUUGUUACACAAAAGGAUAUCCUUCUGUUUUAUCUUUGAAUGAUAGUCGGUGCUUGACGUCUCUGUAUAACCAUAAUAUGACGAGUUUGAUGUCCAGGGAGAAAAACUGGCCUUAGAUCCAGGUGGCUGAGAGCUCACGAGUCUUUCUUCUCUUGAGAGCAACGUCCUUGUUAUUAAUCUUUGUUGUUACUGCUGCAAAUGCUUUGGAUAACCUGUGCUUCUUAUCAGUGCACCCUCUGCCAUGAAAGAGUCGCGUUUGGUGUCUCUGCUUCCUAACUGGUGGUUUAUUAUUAAAGUAAUGUGACUCUGUGGAUUGUUUCGCUUUUCACCACAGACUUCUUUAUUUUCUGGCCACUUUUUCGCUCCAAGCCGAUUCUUUGUAACACUGACUUCUUACGAGUACUCUGACUCGCUCUUAUUUUCUCGGUAGCUUAUUAGAGAACUCCUUUGGUGUCACGGUGUUGUCUACUUUAAUAGGAAAUUUGUGAAAAUAAGAUUUGACCUCGCGUGAAAUUAACACAGUUGAGACAAAAACUUUGGUAACUGUGUUGUGUUGUAAGGUGCGCCAUUUACCCUGAUGUGGUAUGUUUAUGGCAGACCUCCUAGUGAGUAUCUUCCUUGGAAAGGCGUUUAAUUCAGUGCGGUAUUGUUACUGUGCUUUCAGAAUUUUCUCGCCUUUCCAUUCUACUAAGAGGUUAUGACGUCACGCCAAAGUAAUAUUCUCUCACCGAUUGGUAAAUCUUCGUUUUCUUACACGAAGAUUUGCCAUGAACAGUAUUUAUUUCAUCUAGAAUAAGAACGUGUUUAUUGUAUUACGUUAUUUUUCGUUUUGAUUAGAAUUCUCAUCAGAAUAUCAUAACCUGGCUCCGCUUUAACUUGUAGCUAAUGAAUGCCAUGUAACAGCCUUUAACCAGCUCCUGCUUGCUUGCUUGUACGCCAGCGUGCGCCUUAUCAGACUACUGGUAGUUACUUUAUUUUCAAUUUCUUGUUUCUAUACUUUUGUUUGCUCGAAAGUCAUGUUGCAGUACAUAGUCCUUGGAAUGGAAACUCUACAGCUUCCCCUCAUGGAAUAGGACUCAGUCAUUCUCACAUGUACGAGUUUCAAUCAACCAACUUCAUGGUCAAAUAAUUACAAUUACGCUGUAAUAAAUCGUUUUUUAAAUGCAAAUCUUUAGUCGCACUGUGAGCAGCAAGUACACCUUCUAUAACUUUCUGCAGUAUUCACGUCGUUUUAAGACGUCUACCCGUUGAAAAUAAGCUAUUUUCGUGAUUUCCAUUGCCUCUCCUUGAAAACGGGAGUAAGUGAGAAGCCAUUUCACGACAAAGUUUAUCAACGUAGCCUCGUUUUGAAAGUGAGGGUUUUGUAGAAUCGUAUAACAAAAUUAGUAUACUGCGUUAAAGAGUAGUUGAUCGGGAACGUGAGCGUAGACAUUUUUGAAAGGUGGACGGCCUUAUCAAAGGUAACGCAAUACUCCUAGUGCGCUUUGGCUUCAAACUAACAACUGCAAAGCCUUCGCUUGAGCGCGUGAAACUGAAAGGCACGGCAGAAGCACUGUAGUGCGUGUGGCAUACAGGUGGUAGAGAGCCUUCACCUUUCGGCUGCUAAAGCCUCGCUUACCAUACGUUUAAACCUGAACCAUUAGCGUUAACUGAACUUUUUAAUUUGCUGAUCGGUUAUUUUUAUUUCCUUAGGACCUGCUGCGCAGGCUGUGGUCCAUACUACAGAGAGGUUAUGGUGUAUGUUGCUGGUGGGGCUACCAUAAUAUCAAUGCUGGUUCUAAUCAGCAUGUUGAAGACGAAAAUAGGAAACUUCGAAGGUAAAUUUUUUUAGUUGUGAGGAAAAGCCUCAAUUGUAUUUUAAUAUAUUUUUAUUUGUUUUUUUAUUUAUUUUCGUUGGAAUAGACUCUCAGGCUCUCAUAAUUUUCAUGUAUCUUUACCCAAUUCUUCUGAACUGACUACGCAGUGCAUAAAGCGACCAGUUUUUAUUAUGCAGCAUCAGACUAAAUCCCGAAAGUACUUUCGAAAUUGGUAGAUUCUUAGAAACGAGUUUUCUUAAUGUUGAGUUCGAAUCAGCAGCAUUGCAUCCAUAAAAUAAACAAUAUCCUGAAAAAAAGUAGUAAUGUAAAAAGGCACUUGAGCGAAGACGUGUCUGAAGUUUUGAACUUUUUGUGGUUCUUCUUAUAGAAUCUGGGAAAGUAGAGGCGAACGUACAAGAUAAACUGCUUGGUCAGAACGUUUCAGUGAGUACCAGCGUGUCAAGAUCUAUAGGAUCGCCGCCCAAUCAAUCGUGCCUUAUGUACGAUCCUACGACCUCGCCCAAGUAUGGAUCAAUACAAGGGUCACCUCACGAUGUACCAUGCUCCAUACAAGAGGAUUUCGGUAGUCCACAGGAGAAGGCAAGAAGGAACUGUGAGCGGUGAUCAUACGCUGAAACAUCUGAAAUGUGAUUAUUGAUAAGAGUAUCACUGUUGAAAGGAAUGUACACGAGAGGCAAUACGUUCCUAAAUGUGAAGCUAAUGUGUUGCCCAUCUCAUAGGAAGUCGAGAGAUAUGGCUGAAAUUUGGAAGGCACUAACUCGAGGUGUUCAAGCGAUCGAUCACCUGAGAAUUUUAUAUCAAAUCACAAUUCCGGUAACAAAAAUUUUGCUGGCACUAGCUUAAGGUAUUGAAGCGAUUCUAAAGGAAUUAUUCUAAAAUCUUAACUUUAAAGAAAGAAAUUUUAUAACGGUUUCGUGUUUUGGAGAACAUGGAAUGUGUUAUUGGCUUUUCUUUUUUCUGUAUUUGAGUAAAUAAUUUUGAAUACAAAUGGAAACUACAUGGAGAAAUAUCUACAGCCGGUCUUUUUCGGAAUCAUAUGGCCGGUAAAUAUAAAUAAAUGAUAAAACGGUAUAUUUAAAUGAGAAUUGAGAAGAGAAGAACUCUUUCAUUCUGAAUUGAAUUGAGUUGAACUUCAUACAGAAGAAUACAAAUAUCCCAAGACUGGAAACGAUAAAAGAAUUCGUGUUGCAUCUUUUGAUGCAGAGAGCUGGUUUAUAUUUUCACCAAAUUUUAAUGGUUUUCUCCCUUUCACAGAGAAAAGCUCACCAAAUGCAUGGAACUUGAUUAACCCUUAAACUCCCAAAAUCUCAUUAGUAAUUCUCCUUGCUGUCAUUCAUACAAUUCUUGUGAUGAUAGUUUUGAGAAUUUGGUAUUGGAUCAACUCAAUCCUUUAAGCGAUAUUUUUAUUUAUUCUUAUCACUUGUCUGCUUGAUAUUGUAUUGAUAUCGUAAAGAAGAAUUAUGUCAUGGGCAUUUAUGGGUGUUGAAGGGUUAAAAGUUUAAUCAGUCUUUAUAAUGAAGCUUCGCCAUUUAUGGUUAAGCAUCACUUCUUGAUACCUUUUCAUACAACUUGAAAAAAGCGAUAAUUUUCAGAAAGUAGCGCAGUAUUUAAGGAAACAAAGAAAUGAGAUAAAUACAAUUACAUAAAUAAAUUAUGCAUAUUUU